UAAUCGAGAGGGAACCGGAGAAAGAGGGAUCCAGCGAUAGGGUUAGGGUUUCGAUCGGCUUUCGAGAAAGAUGCCGAAGAACAAGGGGAAGGGAGGGAAGAACCGCAAGCGAGGGAAGAACGAGGCGGACGACGAGAAGCGCGAGCUGGUCUUCAAGGAGGACGGCCAGGAGUACGCUCAGGUGCUUCGGAUGCUCGGCAACGGCCGCUGCGAGACCAUGUGCAUCGACGGCAGCAAGCGGCUCUGCCACAUCCGUGGCAAGAUGCACAAGAAGGUCUGGAUCGCGGCCGGGGACAUUAUCCUGGUCGGCCUCCGCGACUACCAGGACGAUAAGGCCGAUGUCAUCUUCAAGUACAUGCCCGACGAGGCCCGACUCCUCAAGGCGUACGGUGAGCUGCCCGAGAACAUUCGUCUCAACGAGGGCAUCGGAGGCCUCGACGAGGAGGACGAGGGCGCUGCCGAUGAUUACAUCGAGUUCGAGGAUGAGGACAUCGACAAGAUCUAAGUGAAUGGGGGUUUUCCAUUGCGUCGCCCGAUCUCAUGAAUGAUUUCUUGGUGAUGAUACGUUCCUUUUUCAAUUAAUUUUAUGCGUAAAUCUGCUUCUGGAAUUUGGUUAUAAGUACGAAUAUGCUUAUGUGCUUUUUAAAUUCGUAAAUUAUGUGAGUGUUGUUGCUGGUACGAACAAGAUUGUAACCCUUAUCUGAUAUGAUGAUGAUGCGUGUGUUGCCUUUUUAA